AUGGCACACCCCACACACCACACACAAACCCCUACACACCCCAAAAACCCCACACACCCCACACAGCACACACACCCCCACACCCCACACAGCACACCCCACACCCCACACAUACACACCCUACACCCCACACAUACACACCCUACACCCCACACAUACACACACUACACCCCACACACCCCACACACACACAGCACACACACCUCCACACACACAGCACACUCCCCCACACACACAGCACACCCCACACCCCACACAUACACACCCUACACCCCACACAUACACACCCUACACCCCACACAUACACACACUACACCCCACACACCCCACACACACACCACACCCUACACACGCACCACACCCCACACACACACACCCCAAACACCCCACACCCCCCACACAUACACAACCCACACAUACACACCCCACACAUACACACCCCACACACGCACCACACCCAACACACACACCACCACACACCACACACACACACCACAUACAAACCCCUACACACCCCACACCCUCACACCCCACACAGCACACCCCGCACAGCACACACACCCCCACACACACACAGCACACACACCCCCACACACACAGCACACCCCACACAUACACACACCAAACACCCCACACCCCACACCACACACACCCUACACAAACACACCCCAAACACCCCACCCCACAACACCCCACACACUCCACACACCCCACACACGCACCACACCCUGCACCACACCCCACACACGCACCACACCCCGCACCACACCCCGCACCACACCCCACAAACACACCACACCCCACACACGCACCACACCCCACACACACACACCCUACACCCCACAACCCACCACACCCCACAUCCCACACAUACACACCCCAAAUAACGCACCAAAUCCCACAUAUCCCACAAACCCCACAUCCCACUCAAACACACCCCAAACACCCCACACCCCCCACACAUACAUACCCCACACAUACACACCCCACACAUACACACCCCACACACCCCACACACGCACCACACCCAACACACACACCACUAAGCACCACACACACACACCACAUACAAACCCCUACACACCCCAAACACCCCACACCCCACACACCCCACACACCCCACACACCCCACACACACACACCCCACACCCCACACACCCCAAAUACCCCACUCCCCACACACCCCACACAUACACACCUCACACAUACACACCCCACACAUACACACCCCACACAUACACACCCCACACAUACACACCCCACACAUACACACCCCACACAUACACACCCCACACCCCACACACCACACACCCCACACCCCCCACUACCCACACACGCACCACACCCCACACAUGCACCACACCCCACACAUGCACCACACCCCACACACCACACACACCCCCCUCGACACACACAGCACACACCCACACACAGCACACACCCCCCCACACACCCACUUCACACUCCACACACUCCACUCACCUCACACACCCCACACAUCAUACAUACACACCCCAAACACCCCACACCCUACACCCCACACAUCCCCACACCCUACACCCCACACCUCCCACACAUACACACCCCACACACCCCACACAUACACACCCCACACACCCCACACACCCCACACACGCACCUCACCCCACACACGCACCACACCUCACAUAUUCCACACACCCCACAUAUCCCACACACCCCACACCCCCCACACGCCACACACCCCACACCCCACACAUACACCCCCCAAACACCCCACUUCCCACACCCCACACCCCACACACCCCACACCCCACACCCCACACACCCCACAUACUCCACACACCCCACACACGCACCACAACACACACACACCCCACACACCCAACACACCCCACACACCCCACACACGCCACACACCCCACACACGCCACACACGCACCACACCCCACACACCCCACACACGCACCACACCCCACACACACGCCACACACGCACCACACCCCACACACACACCCCUACACACAGCACACCCCACACAGCACACACACCCCCACACACACAGCACACACACCCCCACACACACAGCACACUCCACACACUCCACUCACCCCACACACCCCACACCUCCCACACACACACACCCCACACACCCCACACACCCUACACACCCCAAACACCCCGCACGCCACACACCCCAAACACCCCGCACCCUAAACACCCCACACCCCACACACCCCACACACCCCACACACGCACCACACCACACACCCCACAUACACAUCCCAAACACCCCA